UGUGUCUUCGGAUGGAUGAGUAAGUGGAGGUGUCUGUGUGUGGUGUGUCAUCUGUUUGCAUGUUGUGUGUCUUUGUGUGGGUGAUUGUUUAUGUUGUGUGUCUUUGGAUAUGUGAUAUAUAUUUGUGCAUGUAUAUGUGUGUGAUCUGUCUGCUUUUACACUAUGGGACUUGAGAUACUUGUGUUUUUCAGUAGAUAUUUGUGUGAGCACAUAUGUGAGAUGUGUCUGUUUCUCCUUUGUGAGUCUUGGGAUAUGUCUCUCUUUGUGUGUGAAUCCUGUGUGACUAUGUGCGAUUUGUUUGUGUUGUGUAUUUGGAUAUGUGCCUGUAUGGAUGGGUCCCGGUGUAUUUUUAUCUGUUUCUAUACUGUGUGUAUCCACUCCUUGGCUCAAGGCCUGCUUGAGUCCGGGUUGGGGGCUCCUGGGUCCAGGAGCGACGACAGCGGGGGAGAGGUGAGCCUAGGCGAGGACUUCUACCGAGAAGCCAUCGAGCACUGCCGCAGCUACAACGCGCGCCUGUGCGCCGAGCGCAGCCUGCGCCUGCCGUUCCUCGACUCGCAGACCGGCGUGGCCCAGAACAACUGCUACAUCUGGAUGGAGAAGACCCACCGCGGCCCGGGUUUGGCCCCGGGACAGAUUUACACGUACCCCGCCCGCUGUUGGAGAAAGAAACGGAGACUCAACAUCCUGGAAGACCCCAGACUCCGGCCCUGCGAGUACAAGAUUGACUGUGAGGCGCCAUUGAAGAAGGAGGGUGGCCUCCCAGAAGGGCCGGUCCUUGAGGCUCUGCUUUGUGCUGAGACAGGGGAGAAGAAGAUAGAGCUGAAGGAGGAGGAGACCAUUAUGGACUGUCAGAAACAGCAGCUGCUGGAGUUUCCACAUGAUCUUGAAGUGGAAGACUUGGAGGAUGACAUUCCCAGGAGGAAGAACAGGGCCAAAGGAAAGGCAUAUGGCAUCGGGGGUCUCCGGAAACGCCAGGACACCGCUUCCCUGGAGGACCGAGACAAGCCGUAUGUCUGUGAUAUCUGUGGGAAACGGUAUAAGAACCGGCCAGGGCUCAGCUACCACUACACCCACACCCACCUGGCUGAGGAGGAGGGGGAGGAGAAUGCUGAACGCCACGCCCUGCCCUUCCACCGGAAAAACAACCAUAAACAGUUUUACAAAGAAUUGGCCUGGGUCCCUGAGGCACAGAGGAAACACACAGCCAAGAAGGCGCCUGAUGGCACUGUCAUCCCCAAUGGCUACUGUGACUUCUGCCUGGGUGGCUCCAAGAAGACGGGGUGUCCCGAGGACCUCAUCUCCUGUGCCGACUGUGGGCGAUCAGGACACCCCUCGUGUUUACAGUUCACGGUGAACAUGACGGCAGCUGUGCGGACCUACCGCUGGCAGUGCAUCGAGUGCAAGUCCUGCAGCCUGUGUGGCACCUCGGAGAACGACGACCAGCUGCUGUUUUGUGACGACUGCGAUCGGGGUUACCACAUGUACUGCCUGAGUCCCCCCAUGGCGGAGCCCCCGGAAGGGAGCUGGAGUUGUCACCUCUGUCUUCGGCACCUGAAAGAGAAGGCCUCUGCCUACAUCACCCUCACCUAGGCCUGGCUCUGGCUCACCUGGACCUCUGGGGUGAUGCUUGCCUACCUGCCUCUUGGAGCUCCUCCAGUCUCUCCCCAUCCUUAAUGCCUCACAGUGGAAGGGGCCGGGGGUGGGGGGAGCCUGAGAGGGGGCUGGGUCACCCCUCCCCUCUGUGCGAGUGGAAUGUUUGCCCUGUGGGUUGGUGGGCCCAGCAGGGUCCUCUCCUUUCCUCCCUCCUGCCUCACCCCUUCGCAAAUGGGCACCAGGGGCUUCUGCUCCCCUCAAAGCCAUACCCCGCCUCUGGGCGGGCACGAGGGGUGGUGGAUGCCAGCUGGGGGCACGGACAAAGCCUUUUUCUAAAGAAAAAGUCAAAAAGUUAAAAAAAAAAA